UCCAAUAUGGCGGCAAACGGCGUAUGAACGGUGCAGAAUGUUUUGAUUUGAAUUGUCCCAUAAAAAACUCAAAAAACCAACGAAACCCGUAAAAAAAUACGCAAUGGCCGGCGCGAUUUAUAUGGUGCUGUUCUGAGUCCGCGACAUGUGUGAUAACGCGCUUGUUUUGUGUUAAUAACAGUAUUAAUUUGUGAAUUCGUGUGUUAAAAUAUGAGAUAAUAUUUACUUGAUGUUGUUAUUAGUGGUGUGUGAUAGUAGGUUACGCGCUAGAUAUGUCUGCCGAUGAUAAAGACACGAUAUACCCUACCACGAGUGAAGAAACAUCUGAUAUUGUGAAAAAUGUAAACAAUAAAAUUUCCGAUGAAAAAUGUGACAAAACGGCUAAACCUUCACGGAAAGUCUCAUUUCCGAAGGAAGAACAAUUAGUUACUAAAUACUUCGAGCCUUUCAACCCCUGGGAGGAUGUCCCGUCGACGACGAAGGCUCAACUGGCGGCGGAGUACCUCGAGGCUUGUCGAGGCCAUGCCACGCCGCCCAUAGACUCCGUACUGCAGCAGAUACGAGAGUUACCAGAGAAUUCUAUAGGCGGUGGCGCGCGGGCACCUCGGCUAACACUAGUAGAAUGCGCAUUACGCGGCUGUGCUCCAGUAGACGCGUUAGAAGCACUUCUUAGAAAGGUUCAGUUCAGAAGACUGGAACUAGACCAUGUGGAGAUUGAUGAUGAAGGAGCGGAAGCUUUAUUCGAUAUGAUAGAAUAUUAUGAGAGUGCGACAGUUGUGUGCGUGAUGGGACCCCGUGAGUACGGUAUUAGAGGAUGGCAGGCUACUUCUAGGAUGAUAAAGAAGAGCGCAGAGCUAACGGAACUGGAAGUAUCAGAUAGUGGUCUAGAAGCGUCACAUGCGACUGUACUCGCUCGUUCUCUAAGACCUGCAACUUGUCCGUUACGCUCUUUGUGUUUGCAACGGACUCAGCUGUCUGGAGAACCCUUGUUAUGUUUAGUGAUGGCUUUAAAGUCAAACAAUUCGGUACGCGAGCUCCGUCUCGGCGACAACCGUCUUAGUGCGCAGGACGCGGCGCAGCUCGCCUCGCUGCUCAGACUGAACACACGGAUACAGUUGUUGGAUCUCUCCAACAACCUCAUACAGGACGCGGGCGUGGCGCAGAUCGCGGACGCGCUCGUGAAGCAGUCCUCGUGCACGCCGCCGUCCGCCGUCACCUCGCCGCUCUCCCCGCUCUCGCCGCUCUCCCCGCACCACUGUCCUGUAAGCGGAUACGAGUCUCGAGGUCUAGCGUUCCUGGUGCUGUGGAACAACCAGCUGACGAGGAACUGCGCGGUGCACCUCGCGAGGAUCUUGCGAUCAUCAUCAUCCCUGUGCGUGUUAAACGUGGGUCGUAACGCGCUGGGCUGCGAGGCGGUGCGCGCGCUGGCGGAGGGCGGGUUGGGCGCGCUGCUCUCGCUGGGCCUGCAGGCGGCGCGCCUCGGCCCAGACGCCGCCAGGCCCCUCGCGGCGCUGCUCGCUGCUGGACACUUGCAGAGGCUGGAUUUGCGCGACAACAAGCUCGGCAGCAGCGGACUGCAGGUUAUUCUGAACGCUAUGAAGGAUAAUACUACAAUUACUCAAAUAGACCUCGAUGAUACACCGGAGAGUAGCGUGUCGAGGUGCGAGGAGGCUGCGCUGGCGAGCCGGAUGACGCGCGACAUCCGCGCCGCGUGCCGCCGCAACGCGCCCGCCACGCCGCGCCUGCAUCGCAAGAUCAGCCUCACAUGUCACACUGCCUGCUUCGUCAGGAGUGGUGGUGUGGAGGAGGAGCGGCGCGCGGGCGGGCGGCUGCGCUCCCCGGCGCCCUCGCCCGCGCCCUCGCCCGCCGGCAGCCCCGUGCCCGCAGCUAACUCCAGAUUCUCUGUGACGCGAGUGACACCGGACAGGGAUUCAUCAGACAGCUCCACCCCUUCAACCCCGACGCGGCCUUACUGUCCCACCCCGUCUAGGUUUAAAGUCGUGCAGGUCGUUGAACCGCCACAGAUUCAAAUACAUCCAGCUAAAUCUAAAGGGAUAUCAAGAUUCUCCGUCACAAGGAACUAUGAUUCCUCCUACAACCCCACCCCUUCUCCUAGCUCCACCCCCUCCCCCAGCCCGGAGCCCUCCACAGCCACCCCCAGCCCUGAACCCAGCAGACAGGAACCCCACACACUGAUGAAAACCAGCUCCGAACCAACGAUAUUCAAAAGAGAAACAGAUAUAAAAAGCAGAAAAAUCCCAGCGAAAUUCUCAAUGGAACCAUUAGUAGUAGGGAAAUUACCUCUUGUCAAUAAAACUGAUACAGAAUUAGCUAAAGAUGGAAAUCUAGAUAAUAAUAUGCCUGAAAUAGUGAAAAAUAAACUCCUGUUACCUGAUAAUUUAGUUAGUAAUAAAGAUGUUAGUGAAAUUGAAUUAAUAAAACCCACCAUUGAGCCGGUCGAGGCGGAUCUCAAAGAAACUUCAAAAACUGUCGCUUUUGAAGGAAAUUCGAAUAAACAUGAUGAGAAUGUGUUAGAUGACAGUAAAGAUAAUGAUGUGACUGAUAAAAUUAAUAGUGAUAGUAAAGUACAAUCGACCGCAGGUGAUAGUAAAAUAAGUGAUAAUUUAGGAGAUAGUGAUGAGAUAUAUCAUUGUGAGGAUAAAGAAGAUAAAGUGGAGAGAGUUAAAAAUAUAGAAGCAAGCGAUAUAGAUGUUAAAAUAACAGUUAGAAAUGAAAAUAAUAGUGUAAAUAUAAAUACAGCCAAAGUACAUUCUGACCAAAAUUCAAAGGACACAGAAGCAGAAAAAGGUGUUGCUAUAAAACAUUUAGAAGAAAUAACAGAAGAUUUAGGUAAUAUAAUACAAGAAAUGCAAGGUAUGACGAGAAAUGUCAAAGUUAAAAACGACAGCACACAGACGGAUAACAUAGAUAUAAUAUCAGUACCUUUAAACCGAGAUGUAGUGCUAAAGAAGAAUAAAAGCGAAUCAAGUCUAGAUAGUCCUGAUCUAGAAGUUUCUAGACUUAUGAAUAAACGUGUAACUGGCAGUGCUUUUUGUGAUAGCAGCUCGUCGUUAGAGAUAUCGGGUAGUUCGAUGGAGAGUUUAAAUGCGAUGGAUAAUACGCAAACAAAACCAGUAAUACAUGAAAAUGUGGAAACUGAUAAAGAAUUAGACAGAAGAAGAGAUGGAAAUCUAUCUACUGAAAGCAGUGUAGACUCAAGUGAUACAACACCAGUAAAUAGUGGAUUUUUAAAUAUAUCCAUCAGUUCAAAUGAGAGUGUUUCACCCAUAAUUUUCGGUGGUAAAAAGAUUCACGGGUCUCUAUCUAGCUUAGAAGCUAGCAUGAGUUCUUUGGAAUCAGCUAAACAAGAACGAAUUAUGGUCACUUCAGCAGAUUCCGGGAUAGAAUAUUCUUUACAAAAUCCAUCAGAGAGCAAAGAGGAUGCAUCAUCUAAUGAAGGGACUCUAACGCAUAAUUCCAGUUUAAAGGAAAGUGUUAGGAAACCGGAAAUAUUCCAAGUACAUGAGACUUUAACAACACCGAAACGAACUUCUAGCUUAUUGGAUGUUCCAGCAUUGAAGAGUAAAGGCCUAGACCGUAUGAGGAAGAUAUCCUGGGUUGCACCAUCUUCUAGUUUCCAUAUACCAAGACCUGAACCGGAGAAGAUAGAGAUAAAACUACCUUCACAUCUAGAAAAGCUGCUAAGCCUCUUCCAGCAUCCAAGCAGUCUUUUCUCGAGAAGUAGUUCUCAUAGUGAUGAUGAGAAGAAAUCAACAUCAAGCACACCACCAAGGAAAGAUUCUUCUUUAACCAGUUCUUUCUGGUCCUGGGGCAGUGCAACUGAAAAAACAGAAAGAGACGAUAAUGAUAGUCUCUCAGAAGCAACAGAUUCCACUCUAUCAGAGAGAAUUCAAGUUUCCUUUGUCGAUGAAUCAUUUUCAAAGAAACUCGAUAGUAAGACACCUUCAACGGAAACAGAUAACACACUAAGUGAAUUCCAAACGAUACAAGUUGAAAGUAAUGUUGAAGUUACCGAUAUAACCACCGAUGAAAAUUUAGUACAAACAAAUUUAGAUUUAAGCGUAAAUACAAACGGCAAUAAGCCUGUUAGUGAUAAUACAGAUCUCAUAGCAAACGAACGAAAUAACGAUACGAUAACUGAAGUUAAACAUGAACAAACAAAAACAGACAAGUUUACAAAGGAUUUAAACGUCAAAUUGGACGAUAAACAAGAAAUAAUACGACCAAGAUCAUUUGCAGCAGUUUUAAAAUCAUCAGGCACAGAGAAUUCGAUAGAGAAACCAACGACACCAGAAUCAGGACCAUCUGUUGAUAAAUUACCAAGCAAAAUAAUAAGAGGCAUCAAAGAGAAUAUCAGUCCAGAAAAUACUUUAACAUCGAGUAUGACGAAUACUAAAGCGUUAGCAAUCGAAUUGACAGACAAACAGAAAAAAACAUAUACAAAAGAAUUUGAUGAAAUUAAAGCACCAAUAGCGACUGUAGAAGAUUUAUGUGACACAGAUAUACAUUUAGCAUACAUAGAUGACGAAAGAAUAGAUAAUAAAGAAAUAACAGAAAUAAACACAAAAACAGAUUCAGAUGUUGAUGUAGGUAGAGACGCACUAUCUUAUUUAAUAUAUGAAAAUCAAGAUUUCAAAAAAGAAAAAGAUACAAAACCAAAUUCAACAGAAAUCGAUGAUAAAAUAUUAAUCGAUUUAUCGCCAGAAUUGGUUAUCGAUGAAGCUAUAGAAGCGCCUGUUUUUAUAAAAGAAGCAAUAACAUCACCUAUACCAGAAAGAGCUAAAAUUAAAAAAUCAAAUUCAUUAGAAGAUUUAUCAAGGAAAUUAGCACAGAUAGAGAAAGAAAUACCUAAAACGAAAACAAUAGCUUUCAAAGUACCAGAUACUAAACCUCGAGAUAUACCAGGAAGGAGACUGAAAUUCAGGACUGGUACAAGUCCUAAAUCAUUACCGGAAAGUUUGAACAAACCCUGUCCCUUAACUAAAAUGGAUACGGGAAUUAAAAAGAAGAAGAAAACCUCAUUAGGGAAAAUGGCACGAGAUUCUCUUUUAGCGUUAAAUUUGACGGAAGAAGAGACAUCAGAAUUCAGAAGUUAUAAAUUAACUUCUGUUGAAAGUCUGAAAUCCUUAGAGUCGGUUUCCGAAGACGCUAAUUCACAAUCUGGUACAUCAGUCGACUCAAGAUGUAGAUCUUGUUUGAGAAUAUCACAAGAAAGUUUAAUUUCUCUAGAUUCGAUAAAUGAAGAUUGUCGUUGUUAUGAAAAUGAGAAAAAAGGGCAAUCGAAUAGAUAAAAGGAAUUUAAAAAAUCUUAUGGGAGAUAAUUUAAAUGCGAUUUUUAUCGCUUUAUGACUUAUCGUGUUAUGCGAUUUAAGUCUAUUUAUCCGUAAACGGGUAUUAUAAAUGUAAAUUAUAUAAAAAUUCGAACGUUUUCACGUAGUUUGAGUGUUUUUGUUAUAUCUAUGGAAUUUUGAAUUAUUUAUGGCAUAGUGAAAGCUGUUUUUUUAUUGAAUUUAAAGAUAUAAGUAUUUCUGUCUUUACAAUUUAAGGCUUUUGACGUGCUAGUGGAGUAUUCGAGUACGAUAACAAAAACGGCCCCUAUGUAAAAUGUCGUAAGUCACAAUUUGCGAUUUAUAAAUCGUAACUUGUAUUAGUAAUAAAUUCUCUGUAAAAAAAAAUAACGUUACAAAUAAUAAACUUCGGUAUUAUUGUAUAUUCAUAUUUAAUAAUUUAUAUAAAUGCGAAAGUAAAUGUAUGUUUGUUAUUGUAUAUCUUUAAAACGGGUCAAUAUCGAUGUAGAACAUAGUCUACAUGCUUUUUUAUUCCGCGCAAAGUCGCGGGCGACAGCUAUUACUUAAUAUAUCGUUAUAUUUAAAUAUCUUGCAAAAUUGACAUUUCAAACUUACGAUAGUUUACAUAGGAGUACGUCUUUGUACAUGUUAUUGUGGGCGUAUUGUAGAUAAAAGCGAGAGUGUUUCCUAUAUAAAUGUGAAAUUUAUAUAAAAUAGAGGUAAAUAAGGUCUAAAGAGAUUUUUUUAUGUAUUCUUUAAAGUUAUUAUAUAUUUAAUGGCAGAAAUAAUCGAAAUAUUCCUUUUAAAAGUUUUAAUUUUGUCAUAUUUGGGGGCCAAUAAUUUUAUACGUAUUUCAAAUGUAUCACUUUUAAAAAAUACGUGAUACUAAUGUUUUUUUCCUAAUAGAAUUAAAGUAUUCGGUCGUGUGUAUUUUAAAAUAAAUGGUAUUUGAAAAAUCGUUUAGAAUUUUCGUUUAUUUCUAGCCAUUAAAUAUAUCAAAUUUUAAAUAAAUCAGGCCCCAUUUUUAUUAGAUUUUCGAAAAUAAUUAAUUUAAUAUAUAGAAAAUAUAGACAGUUUAAUUUUUUUGUCUAUUUUUACAUAUAGUGUGACGAAUUUAUUUGACCCGGUGAAAUUGGAGUUCCGUAAGAAAAUAUAAAAACAUUAUAUGCUUGAAAAUGACGGAUAUCGUACGACAAUGAAAUAUUGUUUAGUGACAUUCCGAGUCAAAUAAAUCAUUUUGUUAUACGUCAAAUAUCGCACUAUUAUAUGAAAAAAAUACGCAUAUAUGUCUAAAUAAGAUAGUUUGAUAAAUGACGCAUAUGAAG